AUGGCUAGAACUAGAGGAGGUUACAUAGUUCAAUGCAGAAGAAGUUCAAGACUUCGUGCACAUAGUUUGUCAAAGUUUACAAACACUGCAGAUACUCCUGUAGAUUUAGAAUCCGAAGAUCAAGCAAACAUGAAUACCAACAACAUACGAGACAAAAGACCACUUGCAAAAGUCUAUCGACGUCCAGAUAACAAAGUCAUAAAGGCUACUGCUGGAAGAAAUAUCAAAAGUCUUGUUGGAAAUAAACUUGUUGAUGAAGUAGAAGGGGAUGAACAUAAUUGUAAUAAUCUGGUGGAUGAACAAGAUGGAGAUCAAGAUAAUGACAAACAAAGUGAUGAAGAUAUGCAAGAAGGUGAAGAAGACAGUGCACAAGAAGAUAGUGCAGAAGACAUGGAGCAAGACGAUAGUGCACAAGAACGUGAAGAAGGUGAUGAAGAUAGUGCAGAAGAAGAAGAUGAUGAACAAGAUGAUGGACUAAACGAAAGUGAGGAAGAAAAUGAGGAUGAAGAAGAAGAGGAUGAACAAGAAGAGGAUGAAACAGAAAAUCAAGCUCAAGUCAACAAUGCACAACCAAAGAUUAAAAUAACAAAAUACAAAAGGAAAAAGGAAGCUGCAUUUGAAACUCAUAUACCAAGAAAAAGGAUUGCUGGAACAUUAUAUCCACUAUUGAAGUUCAUGAACAAGGAUGUUAAGAAAACAGAAGGGGCUAAACAUAUAAAUAAGAAAAAAGACGAGGUCAAGAUAAGGAUAUCUCCAAGGCAUUUUAGUAAGAUGGUAGGUGAACUCACAAAAGAGCAGAGGGACUGGGUUACAAGAGCUGGUUUUGCACUCUUACUGGAUUUUGAGCUUGACAUUUUGCCAACCAAAAUCGCCUACAAUGUACUCCAAAUAUUUGAUCACCACUCAAUCUCACUGAAGCUGAAGGAUGGAGAUAUUAAUAUUACAAGUAAAGAUGUUUAUGAUGUGUUAGGCCUGCCAAAUGGAGGACAUCCUAUUAUUCUGGCAUCACCUGGAAAGUACAGUCAAAGAAUCAAAGAUUGGCAUGCACAAUUCACUUUAUCUGAUCAAAUAACAACACAGAUGAUUGUUCAAGUGAUGAAAAACCAAGAAGUUAAUGAUAACUUCAAAUUAAACUUCCUUCUUGUUAUGUCAAAUGUGCUUAUUGGUACAAAAGGAGCUUCUUAUGUGGACAAACAACUGCUGCAACUUGAUGAUAACCUUGACAAUCUCAAGAAGUAUAACUGGGCAGAUUUCCUCCUAGGCUACCUUAAAAACUUAAGUCCAGAAGAAGAAGAUCUUCUAGAACAAGUAACUGCUCAGGAGGAGGAGGAUGGGAGGAGGGGGAGGGAGGAGUGGAGGAGGAGGAGGAGAGCUGAGGAGGAGGAGGAGGAGGGGGGAGGAGGGAGGAGGAGGAGGAGGAGGGGAGGAGGAGAGGAGGAGGAGGAGCUGGGGAGGAGGAGGAGGAGGAGGAGGAGGCGGAGGAGGAGAGAGGGUGAGGAGGAGGAGGAGGAGGGGGGGCGGAGGAGGGAGGACGGAGGAGGAGGAGGCGGAGGAGGAGGCGGUAGGAGAGGAGGAGGAGGAGGAGGGAGAUGUGAUGAUGAGAGGAAGAUGGUUAUGAUAGCAUCGAAGUGGAUAGUGGAGAAGAAUAUUGAUUGA